AUGCCAGAAAUUGAGUCAAGCAGCAAUCAGGGCGCGGUUGGGAAAAGGAUCAUUCAAUCAGGAGGAAACAGUGAAGUGAUCCUUCCUGCAACGGUGCCUGAGGUACAGGCUGAAAUCAACGGUCCUGAUGAGUGGAUAAUCUCGGUAAUGAAAGACGGUGACCGUAAGAGCGAAGCCAUUCGAUUCGAACAGAGAAAGUUACAGAAGGUUAUACAAGAACUAAGAAAUAAAAAGGAGCUUGAAGGAUGUUUUGAUUUAAGAGUUGUUUCGAUUGGCCCCUAUCACCAUGGAAAGCCUGAGCUCGUAGAUGCGGAAGAGUUGAACACUAUGUUCGCAUUCUACUUCAUUAAAGAAAGUGGCCUUGAUUCCGAAGUGUUCUAUAACAAAUUCUUAGAGUUGGUUGGGGAAGCUAAGGGCUACUACCUUGAUGGCUCAACAGAUGACUAUGAUGAUGAUGUUCCUUGA